AUGGUCCCUGUACAGUCUUUCACAAGUGGGCUGCUGGGCACAGGUGGGGCUGCUGGUCACAGGUGGGGCUGCUGGUCACAGGUGGGGCUGCUGGUCACAGGUGGGGCUGCUGGUCACAGGUGGGGCUGCUGGUCACAGGUGGGGCUGCUGGUCACAGGUGGGGUUGCUGGUGCUGGUGCUGGCGGCUGGCGCUGGUGCUGGUUCCUGGUGCUGGCGGCUGGCGCUGGGGCUGGUUCCUGGUGCUGGCGGCUGGCGCUGGGGCUGGUUCCUGGUGCUGGCGGCUGGCGCUGGGGCUGGUUCCUGCGCUGGGGCUGGUUCCUGGUGCUGGCGGCUGGCGCUGGGGCUGGUUCCUGGUGCUGGCGGCUGGCGCUGGGGCUGGUGCCUGGUGCUGGCGGCUGGUGCUGGUGCUGGUUCCUGGUGCUGGCAGCUGGCGCUGGUGCUGGUUCCGCCGCCACUCCCUUCACCUCCUCUCUCUCCUUUCCACAGCGUCCCGCCGCCACUCCCUUCCCCUCCUCUCUCUCCUUUCCACAGCGUCCCGCCGCCACUCCCUUCCCAUCCUCCCUCUCCUCCCCAUGGCGACCGCCGCUGCACACGCAAACAGUCGCGACGGGGGGGGGUGACGGGCAGGGGGCGGGGGGAAUGCGACGGGCAGAGCGGGCGAAUGAGUGGCUGGGGCGAUCGCCGGUGCUCUGGCGAUCGUCGCUGGCGUUCCCCCGUCACUCCUAUCCCCUCUUCCCUCUCGCCCCCACAGAGUUCCGCCGCCACUCCCAUCCCUUCUUCCCUCUCCCCCCCACAGCGACCGCCGGUGCGACAGGCGAGGUGCAGGGUGGCGCUGGCUGCAGUCGAUGGCGCAAACGCGAUCGCGGGCCGCUGGCGACUUCGCUGGCGACUUCGCUGGCGGGUCGCUGGCGGUCGCCAUAG